GCGACGUGAAAUCUCGAACGGGUUAACGUCACGUCUGAUCUCGCGAUCGUUCCGUCUCUAGCACGAAAGAUUAUCCGGCGUGUCUCGUGCUGCUAAAUUUCCCUCACUUUACGCAUGUACAGGCGUAUGGAAUCUUUGCGAAUUCUACAGACCUGCGAUAAAUUUCGGUAGCAUGACAACUAGAACAUUUUUACACCUGGGCGACACGGCGAACAGAUGUUUCUUUGCGACUGUACAAUAUUGCAAGCCCAAAUUGCAAACAUCACAAUAUAGGCAAAUAAGAAACCUGAAGAAGUCACAGAUUUCUCUUAAACAAUCAGAGUCCCCUUUUCCAAAUGUUCAUAUUGAAACUGGAACUAUACAACCUGCGAGGUUGUGGAAACAUCUCGGUUUCACCAUCAUGUUUAGCAGUGCCUCUAUGGUCGGUGCUGCAAUUUGGGAAUAUGAGCGUAUCAGAAGCCAGACAUACAAAAUAAUCCAACGUUUUAGACAGUUUCGAACUAAUCGAACAGGAUGGAGGGGCGAAAUGGAGACAUGGUGGAGAAACUUGACGGAAGGACAGAAAAUGUUUGUGCCUAUAUGUUUUUUAAAUACAGUCAUAUUCUUAGCUUGGCGAGUGCCGGCAUUGCAGAAGUCGAUGGUGCGUUACUUUUGCGCCAAUCCUGCCUCCAGUGCGGCGUGCUGGCCUAUGGUACUUUCUACCUUUUCGCAUUAUUCCGUAUUUCAUCUGGCUGCAAAUAUGUAUGUAUUACAUAGCUUCAGCACGAUAGCUGUGGCAGCGUUGGGAAAGGAGCAAUUUUUAGCAGUCUAUUUAUCAAGUGGAGUGAUAGCCAGUUUUGCUAGUCACGUAUACAAAACUAUGUUGGGUGUGCCAGGCCUUUCUUUAGGAGCGUCAGGGGCAAUUAUGGGCAUUCUUGGAUUUAUUUGUACACAAUAUCCUGACAUUCAACUCAGUAUCAUUUUUCUUCCUAUGCUCACGUUUACAGCCGGUAUGGCAAUCAAAGGAAUAAUGGCUUUGGAUGUUGUUGGUUGUACCUUAGGAUGGAAAUAUUUUGAUCACGCUGCACAUUUAGGUGGUGCAUUAUUCGGAAUAUUCUGGCAGGUUUGGGGCAAUGCUAAUAUCUGGCAAAAGCGAGAACCACUUUUGACUCUCUGGCAUGGAUUCCGAGAACCUCGUAAAUCACAAUGAUAUUUUCCCUAUUCUAGAUUUUAUUUAUAUUAUAUUCUAUCCUCAAAUUGUAAAGUUUCUAUUAUCUUGCAAGAACAAAUUUGCCGAAAAAUGUAGAUAUGCAUUAUAUAUUUUUAUUAUUUAUACAUCGUUUUUACAUGAUGAAAUAUAACUUUAUCAUUUCUCAAAAAAACAAUAAGAAAUUAUAUCAAAAUAAUCAUUCAUAUAAUUUUUAUAGAAAAAUGCAAUUUUUUUCUUGGAGAAAAUGUAUCAUUUUAAUUUACAAUAAUUCUAAAUCUCUGAUAAGAAAUAUAAUAUAGAUCGCAAUAUAUCUCAAAAAUCUAAUGUUUUUAAUAAUAGAGUAAUAAUAUAGGAUAUACUUAACUUUUAAGAUAUUUUAUAUGAUGCUUGAAAUGAUCCUCGAUGAAUGUAGCUAUAAAGUAAUAGCUAUGAUCAUAACCGUCCUGAAAUCUGAGAACGAGUGCUAUCCCAUUAUCUUUGGCAGCGUUUAAUAAAUUCUCUGGUAAUAG